AUGCUGUACACUUUAGCAGGAGGGGGCACACUCUGUGGUGUGGCCGCCCUCGUGCUCCUCAUAGUCUCCACGGCGACCGACUUCUGGAUGCAGUACCGCUACUCGGGCGCCUCGGCCAACCAGGGCCUCUGGAGGUUUUGCAUCAAUCACAAGUGCCAUGCCCACACCAUCACUGUGGGUGAGUAGUAGAGUGCACAAUCUACCUUCAACUAAUAAUUUAGGAUCCGCUCUAUAUGAAUUUGUUUUACUUUGAGGUGAUUAUGGCAUGCAAAUAAGAGCAUGCUACCUGGGGUCCAUUGAUUCUCAGUGGUUUUUCGUUGUCAAUGCUAAUGUGGCUAAUGCAGAUAGUGGCUAUGGUUAUGUAUACAUAACACCAUUUUUCUUGGCCCAUAAACUACUUUCAAGGUAAGGAACCUACAAGUCAUUUUGUAUUUUGGGUGAACUACCCCUUUAACCUCAACUCCUGUGAUCAAGAGCCAUAUAUUUAGAAUAUAUGGCUCUGUUUUUGGCCUAACCACUAAAACUGACCCUGAAUGAUAACGACUACGAAUAGCCUAUAGAGAAACUAUAAGGUGAGUAAGUUCUAGUUACUCAAAACUGCUAACUAUUUGGAUUUUAUUAAUCAAACAUAACUACAAUACACAUGUAGGCCUACAUACUAACAUAUAAAUAAAACACUUUUGAUAGCUACACAGAAGGAGAUUACGUACCGAUGUUAAUACACUUACAGUGUAUUCAGAAAGUAUUCAGACUUUUGUUACGUUACAGCCUUAUUCUAAAAUUGAUUACAUUGUUUUUUCCCCUUCAUCAAUCAACACACAAUACCCAUAUUGACAAAGCAAAAACAGGUUUUUAGAAACUGAAAUAUCACAUUUACAUAAGUAAUCAGACCCUUUACUUUGUUGAAGCACCUUUGGCAGCAAUUGCAGCCUAGAGUCUUCUUGGGUAUGAUGCUACAAGCUUGGCACACCUGUAUUUGAGGAGUUUCUCCCAUUCUUCUCUGCAUGUCCUCUCAAGCUCUGUCAGGUUGGAUGGGGAGUGUCGCUGAACAGCUAUUUUCUGGUCUCUCCAGAGAUGUUCGACCAGGUUCAAGUCUGGGCUCUGGCUGGGCCACUUAAGGACAUUCAGAGACUUGUCCCGAAGCCACUCCUGCAUUGUCUUGGCUGUGUGCUUAGGGUCAUUGUCCUGUUGGAAGGUGAACCUUCGCCCCAGUCUGAGGUUCUGAGUGCUCUGGAGCAGGUUUCAUCAAGGAUCUCUCUGUACUUUGCUCCGUUCAUCUUUCCCUUGAUCCUGACUAGUCUCCCAGUCCCUGCCACUGAAAAACAUCCCCACAGCAUGAUGCUGCCACCACCAUGCUUCACCGUAUGGAUGGUGCCAGGUUUCCUCCAGACAUGACGCUUGGCAUUCAGGCCAAAGAGUUCAAUCUUGGUUUCAUCAGACCAGAUAAUCUUGUUUCUCAUUGUCUGAGAGUCCUUUAGGUGCCGUUUGGCAAACUCCAAGCGGGCAGUCAUGUGCCUUUUACUGAGGAGUGGCUUCUGUCUGGCCACUCUACUAUAAAGGCCUGAUUGGUGGAGUGCUGCAGAGAUGGUUGUCCUUCUGGAAGGUCUCCCAUCUCCACAGAGGAGGGCUCUGUCAGAGUAACCAUUGGGUUCUUGGUCACCUCCCUGACCAAGACUUCUCCCCCGAUUGCUCAGUUCGGCCAGGCAGCCAGCUCUAGGAAGAGUCUUGGUGGUUCCAAACUUCUUCCAUUUAAGAAUGAUGGAGGCCACUAUGUUCUUGGGGACCUUCAAUGCUGCAGAAAUGUUUUCGUACCCUACCCCUGAUCUGUGCCUCGACACAAUCCUGUCACUGACCUAACCCUACGGACAAUUCCUUCGACCUCAUGGCUUGGUUUUUGUUCUGACAUGUACUGUCAACUGUGGGACCUUAUAUAAACAGGUGUGUGCCUUUCCAAAUAAUGUCCAAUCAAUUGAAUUUACCACAGGUGAACUCCAAUCAAGUUGUAGAUACAUCUCAAGGAUGAUCAAUGGAAACAGGAUGCACCUGAGCUCAUUUUCGAGUCUCAUAGCAAAGGGUUUGAAUACUUAUGUAAAUAAGGUAUAUCAUUGUAUUUUUCAAUAUAAAUUUGCUAAAAAAUCAAAACCUGUUUUCGCUUUGUCAUUAUGGGGUAUUGUGUAUAGAUUGAUGAGGGAAAAAAUUAAUUUAAUCCAUUUUAGAAUAAGGCUGUAAUGUAACAAAAUGUGGAAAAAGUAAAGGGGUCUGAAUACUUUCCGAAUGCACUGUAUAUGAUGUUGUCCUCUCUGCACAGCCUUCUGGGAUGCGACGAGGGCCUUCAUGCUGCUGUCCGUGCUGAGCUGCUUCGCUGGCGUGGUGCUGGGCCUGAGCGCCUUCGCCAAUGGCACCAAGAGCAGGAGGGUCCGGAUGGGGGGCAUCGCUCUGCUCCUGUCAGGUAAACACCAGGGGCCGUAUUCAUAAAGCGUCGCAGAGUAGGAGUGCUGAUAUAGCAUCUGUUUAGGAUUUUAGAUCACAAUGAAUAACAUUACAUGGACAUGGGGGACCUGAUCCUAGAUCAGCAUCUACUCUGAGAUGCUUUAUGGAUACCGACCCUUAUGUGAAAAGACAGAAAAGGUGAAAGCAUGUAAGGCCAACAGGGGGUUUGCUUUGACCUGUCCAGUUCCUUCAAGGAGAGGACACCAGUUUAGACUAUGCAAGUAGAAAGUAUAGCAUAGUGGACCAGUCAGGAAAAAAAUAAUCAGGAAUUACAUUUUGUAGAUUUGUAUAGACAUCACCAUUCUUAAAUAAAAAACUUGUGUCUUGGCCACAUCAACAUCUUUCUCUCUUUUCCCCCACCACAUUUUCUUUUAUCCCUCAGGUUUUCUUGCUCUGUUAGCUCUGGCCAUCUACACUGGCGUGACUGUCAACUUUUUUGGCAAGCGCUUCCUUGAUUGGCGCUUCUCCUGGUCCUACAUCUUAGGUUGGGUGGCCAUCAUCUUAUCUUUCGUUGCU